AUGAACUCCCCACACCCGCACCAAGCGCAGCUCACCAUGCUCACCACACACAUCCACCAGCUCUGGAAGACUUAUGACACCCUGAAAACACUCGCAGACACCUUCUCAGCGCCCGUUCCCGAUCCCAGUGUCUGGAAGUUGCUAACUGGUGUUCCCGUGACGAGCCUGGAUAUGGAGGUGGCGGAGUGGGAGAGGAAGUGGCGGGAGGUUGCGCAGAGUAUGGAGGAGGUGGUGGCGGAGAUUAGGGCGUGGGAGGAGAGGGUGGGGGUGUUGUUGAUGUAG